AUUUGCAUGUUCGAAAUAAACAUUCAUUCAUCCAUCAAUCAUCCAACGUCGCAAAACGACAGCGUUGACAGGAAGUAGAUGCGUUUUCGCUGUACGUUGAACCAAUGGUGUUUCCGGUACGGAUCGGAAGCUGACUCAUGUCCUUCCCACUGGAGCGCGGCCUUGGCGCUGUGCGCGUGAUUGCGUUUGGUCUGUCAUGGCGGCGGGUAUCUACAGAGUGGGGAGCAGCGUUGGGCGAUCCCUGACCAAAACCCACAGCCCCAUCUUACUCUCUCUGAGACGUGGCCAGGCCUCAGUCAACUAUGCCCAGAGCCUGGCAGGAGCCCCUGAAACCCGCAUCACAUCGCUGGACAAUGGCUUGAGAAUUGCUUCGGAGGAGACCGGACAUGCUACAUGCACGGUUGGACUGUGGAUCAGUGCUGGCAGUCGCUAUGAGAGUGAGAAGAACAAUGGGGCUGGGUUCUUCCUGGAACACAUGGCUUUCAAGGGUACCAAAAAUCAUCCCCAGACUGCACUGGAACAGCAGGUAGAGUCUAUGGGAGCACAUCUGAGUGCCUAUACCUCUCGGGAGCAUACCGCAUACUACAUGAAGACCCUUUCCAAGGAUCUACCUAAAGCUGUGGAGCUACUGUCAGAGGUGGUGCAGAGCAGCUCCCUUAGUGAGGCAGAGAUUGAGCAGCAGAGAAAUGUGGUGCUGCGGGAGCUAGAGGAGAUGGAGGGAAACCUGCAGGAGGUGUGCCUGGACCUCUUGCAUGCCACAGCCUUCCAGGGUACCCCUCUGGGACACAGUGUCCUUGGAUCCUCCAGCAACGCCAGGACACUUACCCGUCAAGACUUGGUGGAACACAUCAACAGCCACUACAAGGCCCCCCGCAUGGUUUUGGCUGCUGCUGGAGGUGUAAAACAUGAGGAGCUGGUCAGCGUGGCAAAGAAUCACUUCAGUGGCAUGUCUUUUGAAUAUGAGGGUGACGCUGCCCCUGUGCUGCCCCCCUGCCGUUUUACAGGCAGCGAGAUCCGUAUGCGUGAUGAUGGUUUGCCCCUGGCACACAUUGCCAUUGCAGUGGAGGGUGCCAGUGCUGCUAGUCCAGACAUUGUACCACUUAUGGUGGCCAACUCCAUCAUUGGCAGCUAUGAUGUCACUUACGGUGGCGGAAAGCAUCUGAGCAGUCGUCUGGCCCAAUUGACGGAGGAGCACAACCUGUGCCGCAGCUUCCAGGCCUUCCUCUCCUCCUACUACGACACAGGCCUGAUUGGUAUAUACUUUGUGACCGACAAACACCACAUUGACGACAUGAUGCACUGGUCACAAAAUGCAUGGAUGAACUUGUGUACCACAGUGACAGAGAGUGAUGUGGCUAGAGGAAAGAAUGCUCUGAAGGCCAGCCUGGUGGGACAGCUUAAUGGAACAACACCGAUUUGUGAUGACAUCGGCAGACAUAUCCUGAACUACGGCCGCCGUAUUCCGUUGGCAGAAUGGGAUGCACGGAUCGACGCUGUGACACCCAGGAUGGUACGUGAUACCUGCUCAAAAUACAUCUAUGACAAGUGUCCCGCUGUGGCUGCUGUUGGCCCCAUCGAGCAGCUACCUGACUACAACAGAAUGCGCAGUGCCAUGUACUGGCUGAGAUUCUAAAAUCUUUAAUUGUGCUGCUUCAUGUGUGUCCCAAUGUCUGUUGCUACCACUCUCACACACACACACACACACACACACACACUUUCCCUUUCAUUUCAACAGUGAAGAUCAAGUUGCUUCAAAGUAACUCAACAGCAGUCAGCCAUCUGUUUGUCCUUUCCUCUCCCUUCUCCAUGCAUCCCUGUCUUAGCUUGCCCUCUUGUCUUCUAGUUAGUCAUGAUGGGGGCUAUUGAGGUUUACUGUUUUCAUCAGUGGUUAAAAAUAAUUACCUUGAUUGCAUUAUACAGGACAGGUACUAGUUAAUUUUUACAUAGUACUGUUUUUUUGGAGAGGGAAGAUGAGGCAGACUUAAAUAUGAAGCAAUUUGUGUGUCGUUAAAUCAAGACAUGGUACAGCCAGUAUGGCAUGCAUCCAGUCAGUGUUGGAGCUGAAUAUUUAUAAAUUGUUGUACCAGCUUUUUUCUGUCCUCUAUUGUACAUUACAGAAGCUCUGAUUCCCACAAAAAUAAAAUCUGUAUAACAUU